GAGAGCAGAGCAGCGCACCUUCCUUUCCGUCCGGCAGUUUCGAUACUCCCCGUCGUCGAUCCACCUCGUGGAUCCCCCUGGAUCCGCUCUCGUCGUCCGACUCGCCGCCGCCGCCGGUACGAUCUUGUCAGCGAUCGGGAGAGCGCGAUAAGCGCGUCGAACGCGCCGUCGAGCGAUCGAGCACAGGAAAGCGGGACGGGCCACGUGAGAUCCGGUCUCGGGAGGACGGGAAAAUAUGAGCAUCUCGUGAAGCCCAAGGAAAGCGGAGUUUUCAUCAUGGAAACCGAGGAACUCACCAGGCUCGUCGACGAGAUCUACAAGAAUAUCUUGGAUAAGUUCAAUCCUGGCGCGAGGCAGCUGAUCAACGCAGGCAAGGCGUACCUGAAGGCUCUUCACGGAGCUGCGGCGGCGUCGCGAGUUUAUGUCGACGCUUUGUCCCGAUUAGCCCGUCAGGCGCAGUUAGGAACAUGGGGCGGUUCGAAGGAUGUGGGUUUCGCGCUGAUGAGAAUCGUCGAGGUGUACAAGGAAAUCCAGGAACAGGAGAUGAACAUUUUGAAAGCGUUCUACGUGGAUCUGCUGGUGCCUCUGGAGACCAACCUGGAGAAGGACACGAAAGUCGUCCAGAGCGAGCAGAAGAAGUUUCUUCAGCAGCACAAGACCAGAUCCGAGACGUACAGCAAGGCGGCCGCGACCAUGAAGAAGCAGCGAAAGAAAUCCAGGGCGGCCAACAAGAGUGGUCUCGCCAUGGACAAGGAGCUGAAGAACAUGCAGAUCCUCGAGGAGGAGAAGUCCAAGCUUGACGCCUUCUGCGAGCAGAGCCUGAAGAACGCGAUGACUCAGGAGAGACGGCGAUACGGUUUCGUGCUGGAGCGACAAUGCUCCUUGGCGAAGCACUAUGCGAGUUUUCAUGAGGUUGCACUGGCCGCGCUUCAUCCCUCGGUUGAUAAAUGGCGCGAGGUUGCCGCCACCAGGGAAUAUUUGCCCCAGUCGGUGGAGGACAUGUUCGCUUCCAGACUCAGGCAAACGUCAUUCUGGCCGGAGGACGAGGAGAACGGCGGCUCCGAGCUGACGACGAUGAGCUCGCAAUUGCGGAAGACCCGUAGCAUGGACAGCUCCUGCCUGGAGCUGCGACUCGGCCCGCUACCCGGAAACCCGCCGUCGUCCGGCGGCCACUUCGGCCCGGCGCACCAUCUGCCCGCCGCCCUCUCCAGAGCGCGGUCGGAGGCCAACCUGCACGCCUCGACGUUAUCCCUCGGCCCCGAGGUUCCAGAGACCCCACCCCGGCCCCGGUCCAUGGCGCCCCCGACGUCCCGCAGCAGCGCGGGUGGCACCGGAGGAGUCGGCGCCGGGGGUUGGGGGGACGCCCCCCUCGCCAGGGCUCUCUUCGCCUACCUAAGCUCGGGGGAGAAUCAGCUGAGCUUUCUGGAAGGCGAUCUCAUCGCGCUGAUGGGCGACCGUCAGAAGGGAUGGCAAUUUGGCGAAAAUCUGCGCACUCAAAGCACGGGGUGGUUUCCCUUGGCGUACACCGAAAUUAUAAUCGACGACACUUUGGGAACGGGGCUGAUAAAUUUGCUGAGAUCGCCGAGUCACGGAGCAAGCAACGGUAGGACUCCAGAACCGCAAGCCAUACCACCGUGCAAGCCGGCGCCCUCUCGGCCGCCGAUCACGCCGGCCAGUAUCGAUGAACCAGGUUCCGGUGGAACCCCCGGUAGCAGCUCUGCCAACAACGGCACCAAUGCCAACAGCAGCGGCAGCAACAACAACGGCGGCAGCAGCAACGCCGGCACGCCAACCAACACCGCGAGCAUCUUGGCGACACCGACCGCGCGCCAAUCGAAAUCGAUCCGUCCAUCGGGCACGUUGCCCGCGGUGCUGGCCGGGGGGCGAAGGGUGCAGCCGCCCGUGCCGCCGGUGCCACCUCCGGCGAUGACGUCCCUCCACAGCAGCAACGACAGCGGCUUCUCCAACGAGCCACCGGUGCAGCCCGACGUCGAUUACAGCGACGACGAGGCGUUGAGACGGCGCCGCAAGCCGCGCAGCGGAGGGGAUCGUCCUUCCCCGAAGGACGAGAAGCGGUCGAAGGACUGGGAGAAUGACUCCUGGAAAACGAUCCCGCGGGACGAGAAGUCCUGGCAGCUGUAUCGCACGGCGAUGGACCUCUGGGCGGAGUCCAAGGCGAACCAGACGGGCGAUGAUCACUCGAAGAAGUACUUCGAGAUGGAGAACGGCGAUUUCGCGUUGGAGAACGGCGACAUGGCGAAGAAGAGGAAGAACAAGAAAGUCGCGCAAACACCGAACGAACGUCCCAGCCCGAAUCAGCGCACCAAGAUGACGGACGAGCGUGGUGCCCCGGCCGCUACUCGUCGUGGCGGCGAUCAGCGACGCGUCGACAAGCGGACGCAGGCGGAGACCGAGGAAGACGAGCUCGAGGAGGACGAGGAGGAUUUUAGCACUGAAUAUCGCAGCAACAACAAGUUCUACGCGGACAAUCAGGAGGCUCAACAGGAGCGAAGAGGAGGAGGAGGAGGAGGAGGAGGAGGAGGGGGCAAUUUCGAGGCGGAGAAAUACGCCAAGUCCACGAGCUCGUCGUCGGACUCGGACGACGAGAGCACCAUCACCAUACCAGAGCCGGGCCGUAAGGUCGAGCACAUAGCGCAGAAGCUCGAGCAGACUGCGCAGAAGUACGCGCGCGAGCACAGCCCGCCCAAGUUCCUCGACCGUCGCGAGAGAUCCGCCGCGAACGAGUACAAGAGCCUCGAGAGAGAGACGCGCGAGGCGGCUCUCUCGCGCGACCGUCGCGAGAGGUCCGCGAUGGAGUACAAAAGCCUGGAGCGCGGCCGAGAUGGCGACCAGAAGAGCAUGGAUUCGGCUCGCCGCGACGAUAAGAUGCGUUUACGCGAUGACAAGCGUGCGCGGGACGACAAGCACACGCUCGAGCGGAGCUCCCGCGAGGAUAAACCGAAUUUCGAGCGCGCGCGGGAAGAUAAGCAGAGCUUCGAGCGCUCGAGGGAGGAGAAACAGAACUUCGAGCGCACGAGGGAGGACAAACACGGCUACGAGCGCUCGAGGGAGGAUAGGCAGGUCUUUGAUCGAUCGAGAGAGGACAAACAGAGUUUCCAGCGUGCCCGGGAGGACACGCAGUCGUACGAGCGAGCCCACGCUCGCUCCAGGAACGAGCAGGAGCGCGCGUAUAUGGAGCAGCGGAAGGAGGUAAUGGGUUACGAACGAACGUUCGAGAAGAAUCGCAACAGAACGGUCGAGCGAUUAUCCAGCCGACGAUUCGAGCGACCGCGGCCGCCGUCGCAGGAGGCACCGGAACGACCUUCGAUGGGCCCCUACCGAGAACGUAGAUAUUCCGACAAGGAGGAGGCGAUUUACGGGGAGACCGGCCGAUACGGGAUAGGCUCGCUCGAGCGAGAUCGCGGUUACGAAUCAAAUUUCGAGACAAAGUUGGAGAGAACGAAGGUGAUCGAGAGACACGGUUACCAAGAGGGUCUGCAGGGUCCAGGUCUUCAAAAGCGAAACGCCGUACCGAGGAUCAACGAGCGAAGCAACGGCGACACCAAUAACAAUACGCUGAAAGUCGAACGGAAGUCUGCACUGCCGCGGCAGGCAACCGCCAUGGGUCACCUCGUGCAAACCGGAAGAGCCUUCGACGAGUCGAAGAGCCCGAAGCUCGUGAAGCGGACCAAGUCCUUCUGGAAGUUCCGCCGAGAUUCGGAGGUGCUGGAGGGUAUGGCGCUCUGGCAGCACCGCUCGCUCGUGGACAUCCCGAAGAUGAUCCGCAAGGAGGACAAGACGGCGGAAAACGAGGAGCGGCAGAGAAACUCCGAGGGCGGUAGUCCGAACUCGAGUCUGGGCAACAGCGAGGGCACCAUCACGAACGAGCACCGGAACGAGGAGCCCAAGCCGGCCGAGAGGAGCCACGUGCCCGACAAGAUGGAUUAUUUCGACGACUUCCCGACGCCGGCGGAACGGUCCAAGAUCACGGAGAGAUCGGAUUACAGAAUGCCGCAGCAGCAGGAGGAGCGCACGUAUUUUGUCGGAAACGUGUCGCGGAAGGCGAUCAUCGAGAAGGAACGGAGACGUAGUCUCGAGGCGAAGCGGAACAUGAUUGUGGCCGAGCUGAAGGAGAACAACGAGAGCAAGCGGCACGGGAUGGCGCGCGGUAGGAGGAACUACGACGAGGAGGACGCGACGCUGAACUUCAGCGAGACCGAGGCCUCCGACGAGGAAUCCACGUACAGCUGCAUUGUCAUCAAGGACCAGAGCAUACCGGAGAAGACGUUGCUACCGAGGACCAAGCUGAGAAGGGAGUCCGACCGAGAUAGAAAUAACUGCGGGCCCUGGUACGACCUUUGGGGCGUGGACGCGUCCGUCAAUAAGAAGAAGAAGAAGCAGAAGCAGCAAUAAGUAAAACAAUCGUUAUGAAGAAGAUACUGAAGCUGAACGUAUGUUGAGUUUAAAUAGAUGAAGAGUUGAUGUUGAUUUUUUCAAGCAGAGAUAAAGAUAUGUCGAACGAAAUGUAACAAAGGAAAGAAAGAUUGAUUAUUCAAGACGAAAAUUCGUCUCAAGAAGAAAAAGCAAUCAACGUCGUAUUGUCUUAAUAAAAACGAUGAAGAAGAUGAAUAAAACGACGAAGAGAAGCAUGCUUUUUUU